AUGCCACGCUCCUUCCUGGUGAAGAGCAAGAAGGCUCACACCUACCACCAGCCCCGCACCCAGGAGGAUGAGCUGCUCUGGCCUCCUGCCCUUGGCCCUGUGGCCAGGGACCAGGUCCUAAGCACAAACCCUGUCCUCAGCACCCUGUUCCCAAACCAGUGCCUGGACUGGACUGACCUCAAACGGGAGCCGGAGCUGGAGCUGGACCAGAGCUUGAUGACCAGGAUGGCCUCGGCUCCAGAGGGCCCUGCCGUGACAUCCCGACCCCAGGACGGGGACUCGCCAUCCUCCGACUCACCCCCAUUCUACAAGCCCAGCUUCUCCUGGGACGCCCUGGCUUCGUCCUACAGCCACAGCUACCGGCAGCCUCCCUCCACCAUGCAGUCCGCCUUCCUGGAGCGCUCCGUCAGCCUCUAUGGCAGCCCUCUGGUGCCCAGCGCCGAGCCGCCCUUGGACUUCAGCCUCCACUACUCCGCCGGCAUGGACGCGUACCACUGUAUCAAGUGCAACAAGGUAUUCUCCACCCCGCACGGGCUCGAAGUGCAUGUCCGCCGCUCCCACAGUGGGACCCGGCCCUUCGCCUGUGACGUCUGCGGCAAAACCUUCGGCCACGCGGUGAGCCUGGAGCAGCACACGCACGUCCACUCCCAGGGGAUCCCGGCCGGGUCCAGUCCUGCUGCCAGCUUGGCAGUCCCGGGUCACGAGGCCCCGCCUGCGCCUGACCCCCCAGGGCCUCGUUUCCUCCGGCAGGAGCGCAGCUUCGAAUGCCGGAUGUGCGGCAAGGCCUUCAAGCGCUCGUCCACCCUGUCCACCCACCUGCUCAUCCACUCGGACACGCGGCCCUACCCCUGCCAGUUCUGCGGCAAGCGCUUCCACCAGAAGUCAGACAUGAAGAAGCACACCUACAUCCACACCGGUGAGAAGCCACACAAGUGCCAGGUGUGCGGGAAGGCCUUCAGCCAGAGCUCCAACCUCAUCACCCACAGCCGGAAGCACACAGGCUUCAAGCCCUUCAGCUGUGAGCUGUGCACCAAGGGUUUCCAGCGCAAGGUGGACCUGCGGCGGCACCGCGAGAGCCAGCACAACCUCAAGUGA